AUGGCUCGCGUGACAUGUGCAUGUUGCUGGACAUGUCCGUGUUGCCCAGGUUGUGAGUGCUGCAAUGUCUGCAUAAGACUUCGACGGAUUUUGUUUAGCAGAACCCCAGACUACUGCUGUUUGUGGUGGCGUUUCAUAUUUAGCGAUGAGCGGAACUGUGACUGUUGCUACUGCCCACAUGGUGAAGAUGAACCCUGCCAGUGCUGCCACUGCACUUGCUCACAGAACCCUAACUGUCGCUGGUGCUGCUGCUCCUGUGCUAAUAGUCCACACUGCAAGUACUUUUGCUGUACGAAUGAGAAUGAUGACUGCCAGUGCUAUCAAAGCACAUGCUGCAACUACAUCAACUAUAUACCUCACCAGCAUCGAUACAGACUCAGAAGACGCAGAUUGGUAACCAACACAUCUGUCAUUUCACUGGAUAAGGAAGCAUCAGGACAUGCUUUUCUUGACCAGCUUAUUUGCCCUGUGUGCCAACAGUUGUUUCUCCGCCCAUUUAUGUUGCCAUGUAAUCACUGCAUUUGUGACAAGUGUAUAUCGAGGAGCCAACUUCAGGCUGAGAUCACAGAGAACUUCUUCAUCAUCACAUGCCCAGUUUGCAAUAAAGCUCACUGCCUUCCAUUUGCUAAGAAGAUACAGCUGAGGAUUAAUUAUCUAAGAGCUAGAUUGGCUAGGAAGUAUAUGCGUCGAUAUGGUUUCCUACGGUGGAGGUUUGACAGAAGCCGUCUACCAAUUUAUUGCCAAGUUUGUGAUGAGCGGCGGAAGGCCAGCAAGAGAUGUGUGACAUGUCAAUUGAAUUACUGUAAUAUUUGCCUGAGGAACUAUCAUCAGGAUAUCUCCUACCAAAAUCAUGUCUAUGCAAAAAUCAGUGAUGAACUUUGGGAAGAAAGAAACUGUUUGAUCCAUGGUGAUUCAAUGCUCUCAAAAUACUGCCUUGAUGACCAUGAACUAAUUUGUGAAUAUUGUUCUGAUGCACAUCACAGUGAUCAUGACACAGUUACUAUGCCAGUAGCAUGUUCAAAACUGUCUGCUGCAUUAUUCUCUGCUAUUGCAAAGUUUAAGAAAGUCCGAUUUAUAAUUGAUAAUGAUCUAAUGGAAGUCCUUGUAUUAAAAAACAAUUUUAAGUCCUAUAAAGAAACAAAAAGGAGGGAGAUCAGGAAUGGGUUCAUCAGGUUACAGAGUAUACUUCAAGAACGGGAGAAAGACUUGAUGGAGGCAGUAGAAAACCUUGAGAUUCAAAAACAGAAAGCACUUUACAAUUUUGCCGAAUAUACAACAAAAAGAAUUGAUCAGAUGGACAGCCUCAUGCAGUAUUCUAAGGAAGCUUUAAAAGAAAACAGCCAACUUGCAUUCCUGCAGUCUGCAAAUUGCUUGGUAAAUGAAAUAGAAGAUGCAAUUGCUAAUAUUUAUCAACCUAGCCCACAUCUCAGGGAAGACCCUAUUAAGCAUCUUAAAGUCAACUUUGAGGAACUUGCAGAAAACUUACAAAGCAUUUUCCCACCUCUUUCAAACAAAAUGUAUGAUAAAACAAGCAAAUGUCCUUAUCCUUGCAGUUCUGACGUAAUGAUUCCAAGGAAUAUUUCCAGUGCACAUGUUCCAAAUCCAUUAGGAAUGGCCCAUAGUCAGUCUUUAGCAUCAUUUUCUUCACUGGAUCAAGACAUAAUGAACAAUGAAAUAUAUCUAAGACCCAAAUCAUUACCUCCUCCUAAUUUGAGAGAUCAUGGAAUGUAUGCAAUUUGGGAUGCAUCAUCAGAUACUUCAAGAAAUGAACGAAACUACCAAAGCCAGGGUAUCUAUUACAGUCCAGAAUUACAUGGAGAAGCUCAAUCUUCUUCAGUUCCUGGCCUUGUUAUUGUUUACCAAACACUUGUAUAUCCAACUGUUGCUAAGAUUUACUGGACAUGUCCUACAGAAGAAGUAGAGAACUUUGAGGUUGCUUAUUAUGAAGUAGUUGAUGAAGAUGUAGCUGAGAAUUUAAUUCAGCCACAACUUAUAGGAGUACUUACUGGGAUUGUUCAACAGAACCUGGAAAUACAUAAUCUGACACCUAAUACAGAAUAUCUCUUUAAAGUCCGGGCCAUCAAUGAGAAUGGACCAGGGCCUUGGAGUGAAAUUUGCAAGAUAGCGACUCCAGAAAUGCGUGGGAGAAUCAAAGGCAAAUGGGGGUUGCUACGUCAUGUUCAGUCUGCUUUCCGAAGAUAA